AUGGCUUCCUCAGUGUUCUCUCCCAUGGCACUUGCUCUUGUCCUCUUCCUGGGACAAAGAAUGAUGGAGGGAGCCAAGAGCGCUGGAAUAGAGAGAGUGGGGAUGGGAGGGAAGGGAGUUGACAUUAAUGAAGACAAUCUUCUUUUUCAUGGGGAGGUGGAAGGACAGGCUGGGGACGUCAUGGAGGAGCUGGCUGGGGUAGAAGAGCUGGCUGAGGUAGCAGAGCAGGCUGGGGUAGAGCAGGCCGAGGGCAUGGAGCAGGCUGAAAUGUUUGCAGCAAUGCAAACUGCGAUAGCACUAUGGGACUAUGCACAAGAAAUUGUCCUAGACGACAUGCAAUACAUGCAAACUCAUCCGCACGCGCCACACCCUGCUCACCCUCCCAUCCAAAUGUCACGUUGCAAUAAAUGCUUACUAGGGUUGAUGUUAGAGGAUAGACGUGAAGCGGUGACCUGGCUAUGGCAGGAGUCAAACAAGAUGGAGCUUUUGUUGGGCUUGGAGCAUAUCUAG